AUGGCUGGAAACCUUUCGUAUCAUGCUUUCACAUUCAACCUUCAAAUAGCAGAAUUUGAUGUCCAUCCCAGUGCUAUAUAUCCUGUCUUCUUCACUGGAGCUCUGAUCUACAUGUUCUCUGUAUUCUGUAAUGGAACAAUUAUGGCAUUGAUAAUCACCCAGAGAAGCCUUCACAAGCCGAUGUUCUACAUAAUGUUCAGUCUGCCUCUGACUGAUUUAAUGGGAAUCACUUGUGCUCUACCAAGGGUGCUUGUGGACAUUGUGACACAAACAAACAAUGUGUAUUACCCUACAUGUGUUCUUCAAGGCUUUUUGCUACAUAUGUAUGGAGGUGCAAUACUUUUUCUACUGGCAGCCAUGUCUGUAGACCGAUAUAUAGCAAUAUGCUACCCGCUCAGAUAUAAUUCUAUCAUGACUCCUAGGAGAUUAUGUGGCAUCUUAGCGUCGGCAUGGGGCCUUGACAUCACUUUGAUACUUGUGUUAUUUUCCCUCCAAGCCAGAAUGGAGAAAUGUAAGUCUUUUAUUGUCAACGUAUAUUGUGAUAACCCAUCUUUGCUUUUGAUUUCAUGUGGAGGGGAUUUCACUGUGAACAAUAUGUAUGGUCUAACUAUGACAGCAUUUAUGCAGAUAAUCAGUGUCUCUAUCCAGCUGUUCUCUUAUACACACAUUCUUAUCAUGUGUAUAAAGCAUACACAUUCAAAAAGUAAGGCUUUAAAUACAUGUAUGGCUCAAAUUGUUACAUUUUUUCUCUUUGAAAUAGUGGGAACAAUUGCUAUUCUGUCAUAUAGAUUCCCCAGUGUCUCUCCCAAUGUACAGAAGGUUUGUGGUAUGAUGAUUUUCACAGUCCUUCCAGUUAUCAAUCCAAUAAUAUAUGGAAUGAAAACUAAAGAUAUUAGAAUAGCAUUCUUUUUGGUUUUGAGAAAACACAAGUAG